AGAGUCCACUUGUCUAUCGCCAUCUAUAUAACUUGCCUUCAUUUCCCUUAGAAAUUCACAUUCUCAUUCAUCUUCAUAAAUCCCUAGCCAUGGCGUCCACAAACCCAGAAGAAGUGACCCACGAGUUUCCCUUCUUCCGAGUUUACAAAGGCGGCCGCGUUGAAAAAUUCCUCUGGCCGCCGCAAAAACUCCCUCCCACCGGCGUCGACCCCAUCACCGGCGUCCAAUCCAAAGACGUCAUCAUCUCCGACAAUCCCCAAGUCUCAGCCCGGAUCUUCACGCCCCGAAUAUCCGACCCGACCCUAAAACUCCCCGUUCUCCUCUACAUCCACGGCGGCGCAUUCUCCUUAAUGUCCGCCUUUUCCCCCAGCUACGACGCCCACGUCCGAACCCUCGCUGCCGAAGCCCACGUCAUUGCCGUAUCCGUCGAGUACAGGCUGGCACCAGAGCACCCGAUUCCGGCCUGUUAUGACGAUUCAUGGGCUGCGCUCAAAUGGAUCGGGUCUCAUGCUAAUGGUGAUGGGCCCGACCUGUGGUUAAACAACCACGCGGAUUUUAAUCAGGUGUUCGUCGGUGGAGAUAGUGCCGGAGGGAAUAUAUCUCAUACGAUGGCGUUUCGGGCGGGGACGAUUGGGUUACCCGGGAUUAGAUUAGUAGGGGCGUUUUUGGUCCACCCGUAUUUUGGUGGUGUGGAGCUUGAUGAUAAGAUGUGGUUGUACAUGUGUCCAUCAAAUAGUGGGCUUGAUGAUACUAGGAUGAAACCGAGCGUAGAGGAUCUCGGUAGGCUUGGGUGUGAGAGGGUGUUGGUGUUCGUGGCUGAGAAAGAUCAUCUGAGUGGGCCAGGUAGGGCCUACUAUGAGAAUUUGAAGAUCAGUAGAUGGAAAGGGACGGUGGAGAUUGCGGAGAAUGAUGGAGAGGAACACUGUUUCCAUCUGCACCACACCACAUCUGAUAAUGCUGUGGCUCUGAUUAAAAAGAUUGUUUCUUUCAUCAAUCAAGAGUAGUUGGGCCCUGUUUUAAGAUUUUUUUAUGUGAUGAAAUGAAAUGGGUUUGUUGUGGAAAUAUGUUUCUUCAAUGAUGUAUCCAGAAUCCCAUGAAAACGUGAUUAUGAUAAUUCAAUGCAUAAUAAUGGGUUAUUAGCUUUUGAA